UUGGUGUUUUUUCCCUAUCUCUUCAUCAUUUGCUGCUUAUUACUUAUUUUUCUUUACUUCUUUCUUUCCUUGUAGUGUCGUUAUUGCUUGCUCAUGUUAAUGUACUAUGUGGUUAAUUGCUUUUAUUUAUGUGCGCUGAUCUGUCUGUGUACUGGUGUGCGGUGUUGUUUUUUAGAUUUAAGAGUUUUCUUGAGAAUCUAUUUCUUCUAUAUAUUGUCUCAUUCUUCAGUUUUCUUUUUAAGGUUUAAGAGUUUUCUUGAGAAUCCAUUUCUUCUAUCUAUGUUGUCUCAUUUCUAGUUUUUUUUUUUUUAGUUGUUAGAUUAGAAUUGGGAUUUGUGUCUUUCUUUUUCCCGUCUUAAUUAAUUUUUAAUUUUAUGAUCAUGGAUUGAGUUAUUUUUAAUUAUGGGUUAUUUAGGUCACUACCUAGGGCUUUGGGGAGAUGAUUGGCUGCAUAUGAUUUAAUGCCAACAACCAUGGGGAGUUCCAGUGCAGAAGAAGAUCAAUUCUUUGAAGCACGUGAGGACAUUACCUCUCUGUCUGAUUCAAGCUCUGACGGCGCAGAAAAAUUGGAUUCUGAUGACCGUGGUGCUGUUGGUUUCUUCCCUGGUAGUUUUAGUUAUGAGGUUUGGACUAAGAACUUGGAAAGCCCUCGUGAACGGCGGAAUAAAUUUCUCAAAUGGAUGGGUUUAAAUGUGGAUUCAAUUACGAGUAAUGGUUUUGGUAAUACUACUUCAUCAGAGGAUAGGAAAAUUGAGACUGAUAGAGUGACUGAACAUAGUAAUGCGGUUCUGAGAUCAUCCACAUUUGAUGAUAGAUUUUCAUCAAGUCAUUCUUCCAUGUCAUGUUGGUCUAGUGAUACUUUAGAGUUGUUAGAUAGGGCGAUGGAGGAAAAUGUUGAAUGUAGAAUUAGGAAUUUGGAUGAUGGGAUAGAGUAUAUUAUUGAUGAACUUGGACAGGAUGGCGUUUUGGGAAGAAUUCGUGAAGUGGGCUCGAAUCGGUUACUUACUGUUGCGGAGUUUGAGAGGAGUCUUCGGUUAUCCCCUUUGGUUCAGAAAGUGAUGCGGAGAGAUGUGUCCAAUUUGAGGGCAGCAAGAAAGCGGGAAAAGAUUGGAUGGUUAAGGAGAUUAGGUACUGUUGCUUGCAUAAUUGAUCGGCAGGUGGAAGCUGGGGGUACCAAAUACAAUGGUCACUGUCCAGUUGCAAAGGAUUGGGCUAAAAUGGUUAGAGCUCGGUCAUAUAAGAAGCGGUUCAAGGAAUUUUCAGCUCUUUAUAUGGGACAAGAUAUUGCGGCCCAUGAAGGUUCAAUUUUGGCAAUGAAGUUCAGUCCUGAUGGUCAGUACCUUGCAAGUGCUGGUGAAGAUGGAAUUGUGCGUAUUUGGCAUGUUUUGGAUUUAGAGAGAUCAAAUGAGUUUAGUGAGAUUGAGGGUGAUCCAUCAUUUGUAUAUUUGGCUGCUAAUAAUGUUUCUGAGUUAGUUCCUCUUCAUGCUGAUAAAGUGAAAAAGGGUAAACUCAAGAAUCUGAGAACAAGAUCAGACUCAGCUUGUGUUGUAAUCCCUCCGAAAGUAUUUGGAAUAUCAGAGAAGCCCGUACAUGAAUUUUAUGGGCACCAUGGGGAGGUAUUAGAUCUCUCAUGGUCAAAGAAAAAUUGUCUACUGUCGUCUUCUACUGAUAAGACUGUUCGCUUGUGGCAAGUGGGAUGUAACCAAUGCCUUCACAUCUUCUCCCACAAUAACUAUGUUACAUGUGUUCAAUUUAAUCCCAUGGAUGAUGAUUCCUUCAUCAGUGGUUCGAUCGAUGGGAAAGUACGCAUCUGGGAAAUUCCUGGCUGUCAAGUUAUUGACUGGAUUGAUAUAACUGAAAUUGUUACAGCUGUUUGUUAUCGCCCUGAUGGAAAGGGUCUAGUUCUUGGCUCCAUGACCGGCAAUUGUCGUUUUUAUGAUGCCUCAGAUAAUCAUCUACAGCUAUAUGCACAAAUAUGCUUACAGGGUAAGAAGAAGUCACCAUUCAAGAGGAUAACUGGCUUUCAGUUUUCCCCAAGUGAUCCAACCAAACUAAUGGUUACUUCUGCUGAUUCACAAGUCCGUAUCAUUGAUGGGGUAGAUGUGAUAUGCAAAUAUCGAGGCCUUCAUAAUGCAGGAAGCCAGAUAUCUGCAUCCUUCACCUCAGAUGGGACACAUAUAGUUUCAGCUAGUGAGGAUUCCAAUGUCUAUAUCUGGAACUAUAUUAUGCAGGAAGGGCCUGUGCCCCGGGUAAAGAACAUUUGGGCAUGUGAGCAUUUCUUCUCAAACAAUGCAUCUGUUGCUAUUCCAUGGCCUGGAACAAUACAUGGAAAUUCUGUUGCUAUAAAUAUAUCUGGAACAAUGUUGUCAUCUAUGAACUCAGAACUGUCUAAUGAUGACAGAAUGUCAAUACAUUCAGAAUCAGGCGAGAGUUCACGACGCAAACUACCAUUUUCUUCACCUGAUAAUUUCCCAACUAGACAUGGAUUUUUCUCCGAGUCAUUGCCUAAGGGUUCUGCAACUUGGCCAGAGGAAAAUCUUCCUUCAAGCUCAUCGGGCAUAUCAAUGUCUAAAUCCCAGUACAAGUUUUUGAAGGCUAUCCAGAGCAUGCAUGGUUCUCCUCAUGCAUUAGGUUUGGUGAUUGUAACGGCUGGCUGGGAUGGACGGAUCAGAUGGUUUCAAAACUAUGGAUUACCACUUUGCACUUAGAUAUAUUGAGAAUCAGCAGAUCUUGCAGGAAUUCUUUGAAAUUUCCCAGCAUUUUUGGCAAGAUUUAUGAUUUAAUCAUCUUGUCUGCAACCUUGUCAAUUGAGGAUGCAACCAACAUGGGUAAUUUGAAUGAUUUUGCAAAAUGCAUCAACUUUGGGUACGAUGGCCACGACAGGUCUUGCGCCAUAUGGUGUGCUUGCAUAAUCAAUGGCAAAGAUGCUAAAUUAACGAUGGUGCUAUUUUGGCAAGAUUCUAGGUGCGCAAAGUUUGAUUUGUAUUUUGGCUCAGCAUCAAUUGCUUUCAGAUUUUGCUGGAUUCAGUAUUUUGUGUAGAUACCAUUCUUUAAUUUAUUUACUUAGCAAUGGCAGUUUCUACACCCGCGCCUACCGAGAAGGGGGAACCACUGUUUGCCGCCGGAUAUUGACUUGAGGAGCGUAGUCUUGUUUCAUAUGAUCACUGUAUGUAUUUGAGCAUCAUUAAUCCAAGUUGCAUAUGCCUCUCUAAGGGUUACUUUGUUGGAAGUUGCUUGAAUUUGGCUUAUCUCAAGCCCCUCAGGCCUUGCCAAGAAAGCAGGGAAUUGGUUAUAAGCUUGUAUUUAUCGUGAAGCAAAUGGAGCAGCAUUGUGGCUGGUCUUGCUUAUGCAAGAGGCGUCCAUGAGCUGUCUAGACCAACAGACGGUCUUAUCAAGUAUCUUAGGAAUGACAUGGUUGGAGUAUCCUGGCCUAGGAUAUGAUGAUAACUGUGUAACUUGUUCUUCCUUCCGGCUUGUGUUUUCUGGGUUUAAAACAAAUCCUCCUUAGUUUCAACAGGAACAAAAGUCUUUUUUCUCCUUUGGCUUUUGGGUGCGCUGGUACACAAUUGCUCAUUCCAAAACGAACCUUUGCAUCCACAAGCUUGGCAGGAUGGGUGAUGCAUCUUAAAAAGUUGGUCUACCUCUCCUAUGUAAACGGAAAGGAAAAGAAAAAAAAAGGAAACUAGAAUACACAUGUAUUAGAUUUUAUACAUCAUUGUAAGUGUAAUAUACUUUAUAAACGAAAUUUCUCAGAUGUUAUACUUGUGGAUUUA